AUGGCCGGGGCGGCGGCGGCGGCGGCGGGCGGGGAGCGGCGGGCGGCGCUGACGGCGGUGCGAACCGAGGGCGCGGGGACCCCCGGCCCCGGCAGCGGGACCCCCCCUCCGCCGCCCCCGCCCCGCCGCCGGGGGCUGCUGGCGGGGCCGCGCCCCGGGGCCGCCCCCCGCCCCGCCGGGGCCCCGCGCUGCUGCCGCCGCCGCCUCCAGAACUGCCUCUACAACGUGCUGGAGCGGCCCCGCGGCUGGGCUUUCAUCUACCACGUCUUCAUAUUCCUCCUCGUCUUCAGCUGCCUGGUGCUGUCGGUCUUCUCCACCAUCCAGGAGCACCAGAAAUUGGCCAACCAGUGCCUCUUCAUCCUGGAGUUUGUGAUGAUCGUGGUGUUCGGCAUGGAGUACAUCAUCCGCGUGUGGGCCGCCGGCUGCUGCUGCCGCUACCGCGGCUGGCGCGGGCGCUUCCGCUUCGCCAGGAAACCCUUCUGCGUGAUAGAUUUCAUCGUCUUCAUCGCCUCGGUGGCCGUCAUCGCCGCGGGCACGCAGGGCAACAUCUUCGCCACGUCGGCGCUGCGCAGCAUGCGCUUCCUGCAGAUCCUGCGCAUGGUGCGCAUGGACCGUCGCGGCGGCACCUGGAAACUGCUGGGCUCCGUCGUCUACGCCCACAGCAAGGAGCUCAUCACCGCCUGGUACAUCGGCUUCCUGGUGCUCAUCUUCGCCUCCUUCCUCGUCUACCUGGCCGAGAAGGAUGCCAACGUGCAGUUCGCCACCUACGCCGAUUCCCUCUGGUGGGGCACGGUGACCCUGACCACCAUCGGCUACGGGGACAAAGCGCCGCAGACGUGGCUGGGCCGGAUGCUGGCGGCCGGAUUCGCCCUGCUCGGCAUCUCCUUCUUCGCCCUGCCCGCCGGGAUCCUGGGCUCCGGUUUCGCCCUCAAAGUGCAGGAGCAGCAUCGGCAGAAGCACUUUGAGAAGAGGCGGACUCCAGCGGCCAACCUGAUCCAGGCUGCCUGGCGCCUGUACUCCACGGAUGCCAGCCGGGCGUACCUGACGGCCACGUGGUGUUACUACGACAGCCUCCUGCCCGCCUUCAGAGAGCUGGUCCUUAUGUUUGAGCAUUUGCACCGGGUCCGCAACGGAGGAUUUAGGAAUUCAGAGGUGAAAAAAUGGCCUGACAGAGCCCCACCACCCUAUCACUGCUUCACCCCUGCCCAGAAAAGCUUCAGCCUGGCCGUGUGUUCAGGGGAAAGCAACAAGAUGGGCAUCAAGGAGCGGAUCCGGCUGAGCAGCUCGCAGCGCCAGGGCAGCCGCGGCCGGCAGCAGCACCUGGGGCCGCCCCUGCACCGCUCCCCCAGCACCGAGGACGUCGCCGAAGCCUCCAGUCCCACCAAGGUGCAGAAAAGCUGGAGCUUCAACGACCGCACCCGAUUCCGAGCGUCGCUGAGGCUCAAGCCGCGGACCCCCACUGAGGCCGACUGCCCGCCGGAGGACAGUGGCGAGGAGAGGAACUCCCCCUGCGACCUGACCUUCGAGGACAUCAUGCCGGCAGUGAAGACCCUGAUCCGGGCUGUCAGGAUCCUGAAGUUCCUGGUGGCCAAGAGGAAGUUCAAGGAGACCUUGCGUCCCUACGACGUCAAGGAUGUCAUCGAGCAGUACUCGGCCGGACACCUGGACAUGCUGGGCAGGAUCAAGAGCCUGCAGACGCGCGUGGACCAGAUCGUGGGCAGGGAUCGGGCGCUCCCCGCGGACAAGAAGGUUCGGGAGAAGGGGGAGAAGCCGGCGCUGGAGGCGGAGCUGGUGGACGAGCUCAGCAUGAUGGGGCGCGUGGUCAAAGUGGAACGGCAGGUGCAAUCCAUCGAGCACAAGCUGGACCUGCUGCUCGGCCUCUACUCGCAGUGCCUCCGCAAGGGCUCCACCAACUCCUUCAGCCUGGCCGCAGUGCGGGCGCCGCCCGGCGAGCCCGACAUCACCUCGGACUACCACAGCCCCGCGGAGCACGAGGACAUCUCCGUGUCCGCACAGACCCUCAGCAUCUCCAGGUCGGCCAGCGCCAACAUGGACUGAGCAGGAGGCAGCGGGAUGGACCCGGCCCGCCGGGGAUGGGGCGCUGGGGGAGGCGUGGCGUUGUCCCGUUGCUGUCCCCUCGCUGUCCCCUCGCCGUGUUACUUGAACCGAGUCUUCCUCUGCGGGGACACGGCUGCAGCAGGGUGCCUGUGGCACUGUGGCAUGGCCAGCCCAGGCUCCUGGGAUGCUCCUGUGAUGCUCCUGGGGAUGUUCCUGGGGAUAUUCCUGGGAUGUUCCUAGGGAUAUUCCUGGGAUGUUCCUGGAGUGCUCCUGGAAUAUUCCCGAGAUGUUCUGGGGUGCUCCUGGGAUGCUCCUGGCUUCCUGUAGGAUGACACCCUGCCCAGCUCUGGGGUCCUGGGUGCUCCCCAGCUGUGGUGGGGAUGCUCCAGGCUGGCUCCAUCCCCUGGGGUUUGGUUUGAACCCCAUCCCCAGCUCUCAGGACAGGUCCUGCCUGGUCCCCCAGAGCUGAGCCGGUCCCACCAGCUAUGCAAGGUCCCAUCUCCCUCUUGCUGCCAGUGCAGGGGUGUGGGCGCACGACCCAGGAUGGUUUUACCGGUGUCACUGAGGGUCCUCAGUGUGGGGAGCAGGGGACUGUCCCCCCUUCCCCAGGCUGCACUUCUCCAGAAGCACAGCAGAGCCUUCUGCCUGCCCGUGCAUGCUCCCAGGGCAAUAUAUAUAUAUAUAUUUAUGCAAUAAUGUCUUAAUAUGCAACACCCCUGGGAAGAGCAACCCGAGGGGCCAUAGGCAAUAAGCAACCCCCUGCCAGCCCCCAGGGCUGGACUGUGCUGCCCAGGAGGGCCCUGGAGACCCUGAGGGCUCAGGGCCGGGGGGAAAUCUCCACCCGAGGGUGGCUCUGGAGCCAGGAAGCUGAGCAGGGGCUGUGGGGACAGGUGCUGUCCCCAAGGAGGGUUCCCUCCCCCUGUGUCCCAGCCCCUGCUCCUGCUUAGAGGAUUCCCUCCCUGCUGGGUCCUGCGGUGCUCAGUUUGUCCCUGUCCCCUCUGUGGUCCGGGCAGCACGGGCCGGGCCUGGAGGGGACCUGCCACAGGGUGGUGUCCUUGCAUGUCACCUACAGCAGAGCCACCACAGCUCCCGAGCUGCCCCAGUCCCCUGCACUGCCCCGCUCCCAGUCCAGCAAGGCUGGGGCUGUGCCAAGGUGCCCAUACGGGGCUCCAGGGGGGCUCGGUGGUCACCCCACAGUGCCAGGAUCUCUCCUGGGCUGCUCCCACCGCUCCCCCUCUCUGGCCUUGGCACCGUGGGAAUGUCACUCCGUUCUCCUGUCCCUCUGCUGCGGGCACGGGGGACUCCCGACCCUGCUCGUUCCCUCGCCCCGUCAGUGCAUGUGGCCAGCGCGGGCCGUGCCAGGGCUGCUUGAACCCCCCCACCCUGCCCCUGCCCUCGCCCCGGGGGUGCCCGGGCGGUGCCACACCAGGGGACAGCGCUGGGCGGGUGGCCGUGGGGCGAGGUGCAUGUGACAGCUUUGCCCGCAGCCGCACGCAGGAAUUAACCCUUAGAACCCCCCCCCCUCUCCCGGGGCUGGCUGGUCCCCGCAGACCCCCCCGAGCCAGCGGUAGUUACCUCACUUGAUUAACUUAUUAACUUAUUUGUUUCAUUAAAAUUUGGAGUAGAGGCUGCCCGCCUGCUGCCGUCUGUCUCCCGGAGCUCCCGAGAGGUGGCACUCCAGCCCUGCCACCGAGCCGCGGACAGGGGACACAAAUGUCCGCCAGGGGACACAAAUGUCCGGACGCCUCCCUGACUCCUUAAGCUGCAGAAAGCCACCGAGAUGGGACUGAGAGCGCAGCUCCAGCUCCAUCCUGUGCGUGUGGGGCUGCAGGGUCGGUGUCACUGCAGAAGGACCCGUGCGCUGCUUUUUGGGCACCUUACAGGGAAGGGUCGCUGCCCCGGGAAGGGCUGUGCCCCCCCUGCCUGUUUGGUGUGUUCCCCCCCCCAAAUGGCGACGUCGCUGCGAUGUCGCCAAUGCCAUCCUAGGGAGGUGAGGGUGGAGCCUCUUCCCCAGGAGCCCCCAGACCCCUCCAGGGACAGCAAAGCUUCACCGCGUGGCUGUGAGCUGGCACCCCCGGGGGACAGCACGUCCUGCAGCCAUGUCGGGGCUUGAGGCGGCUCCUUCCCGUGCCGCUGGCCGGAGAGGAAGCCGGGGCUGGCCGUGGCUCCGUCCCUGCCUUUCCUGGCUUCCUCCUGCCAAGAAAUUCUCUCCAGGAUCUCCUCGGAGCCGAGCACUGCGGGGGCAGCACCUCCGUGCCCCGCUCACAGCGUCCCGGUGCCCCUAGAGCUGCCCGGCCCGGGGAUGGGGGCUCGGGGGGGGCUCCAGCACCCGGUUCCGCCCAGUGCCCGAUGUGUGGGGUGCGACCCCUGGGGGGGCUGGCUUUGGGGGGCACUGUACCGGCCUCUCGCGGUGUUCCCAGAGGGGUGGGCGGCUUUCCCCGGUGGGUUUGGAGGGAUUCAUCCCUGCAGCUGUGGGAUCUUCACAGCCAGACGGCUGUGGGGUCUUCGCGUGGCUCUGAGCAGCGGGGACGGGGUGCUGGCAGCUUGUCCCUCCCCCAGCACAGCCGGGGACGCUGGCACAGGCAGGGAAGGGG